AUGUCCAAGUCUCUAUCCCGAUAUUGGCAAAAAAAAUGUUCUAGAAAGCAGGGGUUAAUGGCAGUUUUUAGUUUGUUAAUCAAGUAUAUGAAACCUCCAAACCAACAAAACAUGACACAGAGGAAAAUAAUGGAGUUGCAUGACAACUUUAUUGCAUAUGUUACAGAUUGCUUCAUGAAUCAUACAUUAUUUCACAAGGCCCUAAAACAGGCAUUUGAGGUUUUUUGUAAUAAAAUUGUGGUUGGUUGUGUGAUUUUACUGUCACAAUAUCCUGAAAAAGGGGGCAGGGAGAAGUUGAGUGAUGAGGCAAUCGAAGAAACUUGGAUAAGGUAGUUAAGCUCCUUGCUUACAUCAACAAUAAAGACCUAACUGUGACUUCAAAAAGCAAAUAAGUGAAAUGAAAAGGCUCAAUUGCUUGCUACUGUUAUGCCCUUCUCAGCUUAAUUCAUUAAUUUGUGCAGCAAAGUUUCAAUGGUGAGAAGCCAUAAAAAAAAUUGCACAAAAUGUGAAAGGUAUUCUAUAGGAAGAAGGUUAUGAGGAAAACUUAAAAUUUCUACCAACGAGGGUUGAUACAUUGUGAAAGCAGGUAACACAAUUAGAUUUGGAGUGGAGUGGUAUCUUUGCAAAAAAAUAGGAGGACGUCAAGUUGGUAUAGGAUCAUUGAUGAAUUUUUUUUUUGCCCCCCUCGCCGGCUAAAAAUAAGUCGUGCCUAUCACACCAUUAGAUGUCAUGAUUGUUCAAGUGUUGGAAGGAAAGUGGAAUCAUAAAAGGACUAAAUUAUCCAAUAAUAAUUACAAUCUUUUGGUUUGAUUUUUUUUUUUGUACCUAAACAGUAUUGUAUUUUCAAGAUUUUGUGAUUUUUGUAGGUAUUGGGAGAACCCGGGAGUGAAGGAUCAUCAGAAACAUGGAACAAUCUGUCAGCUACAGAUUCUGCUUUUGAAUGUCUUAAUUUCUUAAGCAACUGGUUGUAGUGCAGUCAGAUUCAUACAAAACUGUUGUUGACAGCUGCAACAUGCAUAAAUCAGAGAAGGUCAUUGUCAUCCUUUUCGUCCGUAUUAUAUAAAACGUUAUCAUAGCAUUGUACUUUUGCUUCUUUCUAAUACAACAUUGUACUUCAUCAAACACCUUUGACCCAUGCGGAGCAUGGGUUCACCCUCUAGUGUGUAUAUAUAUAUAUAUAUAUAUAUAUAUAAAAGUGAAUUUGAUUCAAAGCAG